AUGGCGAAGGGUGGCAGGCAGCAGUAUAAGGCAUCAUGGCAGAAGUGGGCUCCAUGGCGUACCCCGAGCCCUCCAGGAGCAAGAUUGGCUUUGGGAGAUGAUUGGCCCGCCCUGGGCACCUCGCGAUCUUACUCCAAUCUGGACACGCAGCCAUGGUCGUCAGCUGCCAAUCGUACAUCGAGCCAGAACGUCACCGAGCCCAAGGCCGGCCGUGAUGUCACCUGGUGUAAAGUAUGCAGCAAGUUCACUUACAACGACCAGCUCGAGAAGUGUGACUAUACGUGCAGAUUCUGCGGCAUUUUCCUCAAAGGUCGAGGUGCAGGGUCGCACAAUGCAGCUGGAGGCCAGACUAAUCAGAUGGACAUAUCUGCUUCGCUGGGCCUCAUCAUUGCAAAGGGAGGCGCUGCGGCGGAGCAGGCGAAGCUGCUUCAGUCUACUCUGGCACAGGCCCCAGCUGCGUCUCCGAAGCCACCUUCGGUUCGGCUUUCGGAGGCUUCUCAGAAAGUGGAACGAGCUGAAGGCGCUUUGGAAAAGGUUGCGACAAGAGUUAUCAGACUCGAGAAGGAGCUGGCGUCCGCCAUGGACCAGUACAAGGAGCAGGCGGCGAACUUGGCUGACGCCACUGUCGCUCAAGAGGCCGUCGCCAAGGAGCUUGCCCCGGAACCUGUCAGCCAACCAGUUGUUGGGCAGAUGGAUGUACGAGAAUUGCUCGAGAAUCGUGCGGAACUCAACCUCAGCUUCGGGGGCCUCUUCGAGGACGUGGAGUUGGAGGAGGCAGAUCGUGUCGAAUUUGAGCGAAGCAAGACCUCCUUCGAGACAGAGUUCAAGUCGGCGCUUUCGGCCCAGUUCAGCAAGAUGGUUGCGACGCUGGCCGAACAGCAGCAGAAGAAGGUGGAGGAGCUCGGAUCUUGGCAAGCCACCAAGAAGAGGAAGAGCAGUCCAGCACCUACGGAAGAUCAUCGACCUGAUGCAGAAGGGGGUUCUGCGGGUGGUUCGGCAUCGACGCCGACAUCGACGGAGGCAGGAACAUCGACUCCAGGAGCUUCGAAGGGAGCUGCGGCAGCAUGGGCCGCAGUCGACCCGGUGGCCACCGACAAGCAGAAGGAGCUCAAGAGCAUCAUGGAGGAGACCCUUGCGGCCAACCCUCCAAGUAUCCUCGCAUUGGAGAUGGGCUGUACUGAAGCUGGAUUGGCUAUUUCACCCAAUUCUACUAUCGUCACCAAUCAAGUGGACCUUGGCAAAGCGCUAAGAAAAGGUUUCCAGAAGGUGGGCUUCACGGUCAAAAUUGCAUGUGUAGCGACGGACCUCGGCAUCGACAGAGGCGCUGUGGGCUUCCUGCGGCCCAAGCAAGCACAACGACGAGGAGGCGCAGCCGCUCGCUUCAAUCGCCUUCGUGUGGGUAGGAAGGGCCCGCAGUACCAGAUCGUACACAGGUUGAUCGAAUCCUGGAUGGCAAUUAUUUUCCAACCAGGGCUAGACCUGGAGCUGGCUCGUCGUACCUGGAGGGCAGCACGCAGGAGGACUGAGAUGCGAGCUCAGAAGGACAGAUGGCGGGGUAUCACUGGAGUUGCCUCGGCUACUAUUGCGACUUUAUUUGACAAUGGAUGGGGCCCAGUCGGACCAUGGGCGUGGAUCUCAGAUUCUGGCGCUAGAUUCAUGGCACCCGACAGUAUCAUCGGGCAAGGCCAGCAGGACAUGAGUGAGCUUAAGGAAGCCGUAUCGGACUCCAUCGACAGGAUGCUUUGGGACAGGGCCCCCAGGCAUUGGAAUGGCAAAGGUGCGGGGGAAGGUGCAGAUCUUCGAGGCGCUCGGCGGCGCAUCAACUCCCUCCGCAAGGAAGGCGAGAACGAGAUGGCGGGUGCGCUGGAAGCUGAGCAGACUAUCAACAGGGGGGAGACUACGGCGUUGCUCCGUGCAUUGGAGGACUUGCAUGAGCUGGACAUCCCCAUGACCUUCGUGACGGACUCAGGGUAUGUACUCAAGGGGAUCGCGAUGAUCUCCUCAGGCCGGUUGCCCACCACCAAUUUGGACCUAUGGCUGCAGGCCGCCGCGGGCUCUCCCCGGGCGGGGGCCAUCGCGCUGCCCUCCGAGGCGGCGUGGCAUCGGCGCCUCCGUCGCGAGCGCGCCGCGGCCAGGGCGCUGCUGCGCGCGUGGCGGGGCUCGCCAUCUCCCCGCCAGCGCGGCCGCCUGGUGGUCGCCGCGGCGCUACUGGACGGCCACCACGGCUCGGCGGCGCCGGCCCCCGCGCGCCAGGCGGGCGACGGCUGGGGCGGCAUAGCGGCCGCCAGCGGCCGCGGCGGCCACGCGUGCGCCCACUGUGGGGAUCGCAGCGGCGCCCGCGAGCCGCCGUGGCGCCAGGGCGCCGUCGGCGGGCGCGGCGGAGCGCCGCGCGGGCGGCCAGCCGCUCUGGUCGCAGAAGCGGCAGGCCGCCAGCGCAGCGGCAGCCAGGGAGUCCGCAUCGUGGACGUAGCCCAGGCCCUGGAGCCCGACGCGGACCCUGAGGAGGUCAAGCUGGCCCAGCUGGUGGAGCUCCUCUGCUUGUCAGGAGACGAGCCAGCAGAGGCCAAGUACAGGCAGCAGCUGGACGCCCUCCGCGCCCAGCGCCUGGCCAGGCCCCUCUCUGUGGCCGAGGCGAGGCGGGCGCUGCCAGGGACGCUGCCGCGGCGGCCCUGGGCGAGGUGCCCUCCCUUCGAGUCGUCGGCGCAGGCCCGCAGCAAUGAAGGGACCCCAAAGGUCGGCAUGGGCAGCGCACGCCUCGGCACGCGGGCCCUGCUGGCGCUGACGCUCCUGCAGGCCGCAGAGGCCGCCGCGCCCAGGCGUUGGCUCGGCGACCUGCGCUGGGGCGCCGACGAG